UCCCUGUGUUGGUAAAACGUACACAUCCCUCGGCAUUAGAUAUUGGACAGGACAGCGUCCACGGUCGCCUGGCUAUGACAGUGACGGUCCUUGCUGCAGGCAGACCUCACCGCUCAGGCUCAGGGAGGGCCUGCGGGGGUCCAGUCAGCUUUCCAGUUUGCCUCCCUAGUGUCUCCUUCAUCCUUGCGUAAAAGUCCCUGGUGGUUUGAGAACCGCAGAGCGUGACUCGGCCACCUUCUCCUCACCCCCUUUGCCAACCUCGGCCCUCCCGGCCACGCCCCACAGUCACUGAGGAUGGUGCUUGCUGGCCAGUAGGCUUCACUUCAGCCUGAAAUCCCGCAUCGUCACUGGCGACUUCAGGGGCCACCCCAGGGGCCACCCCACGCCAUCCAGCCUCUCUUUGGCCCUCUGCUGUGACCUAACCUCCACACCACCCCCUGCAUGGCCAGGCCCUGGACCCGUCACACCCCAAAUCCCUUUACCGCCAACAUCAGCUGGGAGCCCAGACGUUGUAGGGGGCCUGCAGUAAAGCCAGGCCCCUGCCCCCCUGCACCCCCAGCAGCAGCGCCUUCGUCCUUCCGGCCCGUGCCUGAGCUGACGCCCCGUCCCUCAGGCUCUCACCAGCUUUUCAGUCCCUUCCUGGUUCCGGUCCAGCCCAGUGACCCACCUCACCCGCCGAACGGCAUAUUGUCCUCAGCGGGGUUUCCUGGAAGCAGAGCCCAGGGUCUGUGGGCCCCGUCCACCCAUCCGUCACUUCACACGUCCAGCGUGCGGCAGCUCCCUCUCCGUUCUCCGGUCCCCUUCCAGACAGAUGCUGCAAGUCCCCCAUUUCUGACCCAAGUGGGCCAUAGGACCUGGUACAUCUAUGGUGUCUGUGCAGUGCAAAUGGUUGCUAUGGUGUAUCACGUCCCAGCUCCAUGCCUGUGACAUCGCGUUAGCAGCUGGCAUCAGCCAUGGUGGGAAUAUUUACACCAUGGAAAUCGGCAGGCGCUACUGGUCAGGGCUGGAGUUGUUAUUUUGUUGAUUGCCUAGACUUAAAGAGACCAAGAAGAUGUUAAUAUUGUAGCUUAAACUUCAAAGUGUGCCGUGUCUGUGAAUGGCAGAAAAAAGAUCAAGGAUGCAUUCUUCCAGUAUUUGAAACCUAUGAUCUGAUUUGCUCAGGUCACUGAAGAAUGAGUGACGUUCCGAAACCUGUCUUCCAUGUUUCACUUUCCUCUUCUCUGUUGUUAAUGUAAACAGAAAUAUCAACGAACUUGUGUCACAACUACACUUGGAGAGCUGCUUGUUAAAAAUUGACCAGCACACCACUGGGCACUCAUCAAGAAAAGGGGACAAACAACUAGAGAGGCAGGCCCAUGGAUGUGUGCUCUUAUGCUCAAAUAUGAUGGGUCUCCUACACAGUAGUUUUGCCUAAUUUUCUUAAUCAAAUAUAAGAACAUUGUAAAAAUAAAAGCAAAAAAACCCCCACAAAACCCUAUUGCCCAAACAAACCUUGCAGUGUCAGAAUCAGGCUCACCAAGCAAACUAUGCUGCUGAGAGGUAUCUAUUUCUGUAGUAGAAGCUGUGAUGUCCUAGCUCUAUGUUCCAACUGCAGUGAGUGUGUGUUUAUGUGUGUGUGUGUUUGCAUGUAACUGUGUAUGCAUGCAUGUGUGCGUGUGUGCAUGUGACUCUGUGUGUGUGUGUGUGUGUGUGGUUUACAAGAAUUUGGCUCUUGGUAGAUCUUUGAUAAAAGCCCUUUGCCCUGGAUUCAUCUUUCCUCACCAUGAAACUCGUGAGUGCUGGUGUGGAGAUUAAGGGUGGCUACAAACCCUACGGACGGCAGGGGGCAGUAGAGUGCAGCGAUUAAAUGUGGGCUUGGCCCCUAUGGUCCGCUGACACUGGCUUCCACCAGAAAGUUUUGGGAACGU